AUGAAUGAUGCAUCCUCACAUCAAGAAUUGGACCAACUUGAACCAUCAUUCAUGUAUUCAACAUUACUCAAAGAAAUUCUAUUGGAACUCGAUUAUGGCGAGCAAGCCGUCAAAGAAUUGACCGACGACUGUCGUGAAAAGUACAAAGGUAACAAUUCACAAUUACAAAUUAUUCAGCUAUUCGAGCGAGAAUAUCAUCAGCAUACUCCGAUUUGGUGGUAUACUCUUGAGGGUUUCACUUAUCAAAUGCUCAAUCGUGCUCUACGCACCCUGGAAGUGAACACCAUAGUCAAAAUGGGAUUUUUUAUUCGCGAUAUCCACCAACACAUUGAAAAACUUUACUUGAAACAAACUGCAGAGAAACAGAACUCAUUUAUUGUCUAUCAAGGACAGGGUAUGGCCAAGAGUGAUUUCAACAAAAUGACUGCAACACAAGGAGGUCUAAUGUCAUUCAAUAAUUUUUUAUCCACGAGCAAAAAUCGAGAAGUUUCAUUAGAAUUCGUUACUGCUGCCCUCAAGCGACCAGAAUAUAUUGGUGUUCUCUUCGAAAUCACAAUUAAUCCAUCGGUUCCAUCAACACCAUUUGCACAAAUUGACAAUGUGAGUUAUUAUCAGGGAUCCGAAGAAGAGAUUCUCUUUUCCAUGCAUUCCGUUUUUCGAAUUGGUGAAUUCAGGCAACUAGAAAAAUGUGUAUGGCAGGUGGAACUCACUCUGACAGAGGACACCGACCCACAGCUUUGUAUUCUCAUGAAACGUGUGCGAGAAAAAGUGGCUGGAUCAACGGGAUGGCAUCGACUCGGAAAAUUGCUGCUUAAAACAGGGAAUUUCGACAAGGCCGAAGAAGUUUACCUGGUGUUACUCGAAGAAACGCCGAUUAGUAAUUGCAAAGAAGUUUCUUUUCUGCGUAAUCAACCUGGAUUGGUAAAAGUCAAUAAAGCAGAAUUUGACGAUGCAAUACAGUACUAUGAGAAAUCAAUCAAAACGAAGAAAGAAUAUCUUCCUUCAAAUCAUUCUGAUUGGGGCACCAGUUACAACAGCAUGGGUUUGAUGUAUAAUAGCAUGGGACAGUACACGGAAGCACUUUCGUGGCAUGAAAAAGCACUUGAAAUCCGACUUAAAUCUCUCGCUCCACAGCAUCUCGACUUGGCUGAAAGCUAUAACAAUAUCGGUGAAGUAUAUCAUCACAUGGAACAGUACUCGAAAGCAAUUUUAUCCUAUGAAAAAGCGCUUGAAAUUAGACAAAGCUCUCUUCCUUCAAAUCAUCCGGAUUUGGCUGAAAGCUAUAACAACAUUGCUGAGAGCUAUUCGAAGAUGGAAGAAUUCCAGAAAGCACUUUUAUCCCAUGAGAAAUCACUCGAAAUUCUACUGAAAUCUCUCCCUCCAAAUCACCCAUAUGUGGCCAUUAGCUAUGAUAAUGGCGGCUCGGUGUAUGCCAAGAUGGAAGAAUUCCCUAAAGCACUUUCAUCCCAUAAGAAAGCACGUGAAAUCUUCCAUCAAACCCUUCCUUCAAAUCAUCCUGAUGUGGCUAUGACGCAUAGCAAUAUGGCCAAAGUUUAUAGCUCUCUUGGAGAGUACUCUACAGCAAUGGAACACGCUGAAAUAGUUGUUCGAAUUGCUCAAGAAAAACUCGAUGAAAAUAAUCCACAAAUCAUAGACUAUAGAAAAUUACUCGAAGAAUUACAAAGCAAAUUUGUAACUCCUUUUUAG